UCAUUUGAACCCGGGCUCCGAACUCUUGUUAGUCUUUAUUUAAUUAAUGAAUGCGACAACUAAAUAACAGAGACCGAGUUGUUGAAAGCAAAUAACGUGUCGUGAGAAACAAAGUCAUUUCCAGAGCUACCGCGCGCGUGAAUGAGUCGGACAGACGGACAUUUUUUACAGCGGUAGGACCUCCAGUCUGCGCCCCUCCUGUAUCAUCUGCCUCCCCGCGCGCUGCACCGCCGCUCCUUUCACACAGUUCUCCAGGAGGACCCGGUCCCUGUCAGACUCCAUACACGCCCCAGCACGGACAGCUCGCAGUGCCGACCGACAACCAUGGCUACACGGAACGCUGCCUGUCUGCUCGUCGGACUUCUGGCCCUCUUUCACACCUGGGGAGUGACGGCUCAUGUGGAGGUGAACAUGAUGGACCGAGUGGAGGUGUUCAGGGGAGAAACAGCUUCGAUCGCCUGCAUGUUCACAUCAUCUGAAGGCGUUGGCGGCAUGAUGAUACAGUGGUUCUACGUGACGCGGACUGGUGAGAAGCAGAAAAUCUACUACCAGGACGCCACCAUGAAGGUUGUCGACAAAGGCACACAGUUCACCGACCGGAUCAGUGUGAGUGGUACCGGAGCCACUGGAGAGAUCGUGUUGACUAUCAGCAAUGUGGAGCUGAAAGACCAACUGGAAUUUAUCUGUCUCAUCAAAGGUCUCACAGAAGGGACCGGGGAGGGACGCACAAAGCUGAGAGUGUUCGUAACACCAGACCUUCCCAACAUUGAGGGUGUGCAAACAGGGAUCUCGGUCAACGAAGACGGCCCAUCCAAGAUUGGGACCUGCGAGGUCAAAAAUGGCUUCCCCAAGCCGAACAUCACUUGGUACAGAAACAAAACUCCGCUACGUGUUGAUGUGGUGAAGGUGGUUCCCAGCAUCACGACUGAAUCCAGUGGUCUGUUCUCUGUCAAGAGUGAGCUGAGCAUGAAGGUGACGAAGGAGGAAAAAGAUGAUCUGUUCUACUGCGAGAUCAACUACUUUGUUCCUGGAGGAGUAAUGAUGACCGAGACCAACCAUAUUAACAUCACUGUGUACUACCCCUCCACAAGUGUAAGUGUUUGGGUGGAGUCACCAAAGGGAACCAUCAAGGAAGGGGACUCCAUCGAGCUUCACUGUCGCGGCAACGGGAAUAUGCCUUCUUCAAUCUUAACAAUCAUGCACGAAAAUGAUAAUUACCCUUUAGUCAACAAUGUGUUGGUGUUGGAUGAUGUGACCCGUCUACACAGUGGAGUUUAUCACUGUACCUCUAUGGACACAGACACCUUCGAGGAGCUCUCGGGAAACACCACUGUGUUCGUCAACUAUCUGGAUCCUGCCGUUGUGAUGCCCGAAGACACUGUUCUGGUGACCGAAGGAAAUGAGCUUACGGCCACCUGCAACGCCCUCUCUUCUCUCGAGACACACACCGUCUGGAUGAAGAAUGGAAAAGAAGUUUCAACGGCCCACAGUCUGAUCCUGAAGGACGCUACAUUCGACUCAGCAGGGAUGUACGUGUGCGUGGUGACUGUGCUUAAGAUUGAAGGAAUGGAAACCAGCGGGACACUUAAUGUCAAAGUCCAGGGCCCACCAAAGAUCAUGAAGCCAUCCGACAACGAGAUAGAGGAGAGUUUUGAGAGUACAGUCGAUCUGAGCUGUAAUGUCAGAGGUUUCCCAACUCCCCGUGUUAUCUGGACCACCUCUGAUGGAAAGAUCCUCAAGAUGGCAUCUGAAACAGAGACUGAGGGUGAAGUCCAGAGCAAUGUCAGCAUCCUAGUCACCUCGGACAUUACCGCUGUCUGCAAUGCCUCCAACGAGUUCGGCACUGACGCGGUGACCUUCAACAUCAAAGCCACUAUACACACCACCACACCAGCCACCACUACCACUAGCACUACUACCAGUAAUACCACUACCAUUACCUCUGACACAGCACAACCCGCUAUCCCACCAAAGAAAAUCAAGAAAGAGGGCAGUGGUGUUAUCAUUGCAGUCAUCAUUAUCUGCAUCCUGCUGCUGGCCAUCUUGGGCAGUGUGCUCUACUUCCUCUACAAAAAGGGCAAGAUCUGUGGGCGGUCCGGCAAGCAAGACCUCACUAAAGAGAAGUCCGGCAAAGAUAACAUCGUGGUGGAGAUGAAGAGCGACAACACUGAGGAAGCCGUGCUCCUCGGGGUCAACGGGGAAAAGCAACCGCCGAGCAACCAGUAAAGGGAGGUGCAUACCUGGAUGUACAGAAGUGAGGAGGCGACUGCAGCUGCUCCUGUUCUUUCCUCUCAGGCUCAGACCGGCCGAUGCCUUCAGGCUUCCACCACAGCCCCUUAUCCAGAGUUAUGUCAUGGAAAAGUCAUCUGUCAGAUAAUAUCAUGAUGCCGCCUGAGUCUCAAGUUAUUCUAUGCUGCAGCUUUUGCUUACUGUCCGUUACAUCCAGCAAAACAUUCUGUUGGAAUGAGCUUUAAUGAGAAGUCAUUUAAGCACUCCGUACCUUAACUCUGCGAAUAAAUCUCCCACCAUGGAAACUAUGGUUCUUAUUACCAAAAGCCUUGUAUACUGCUGAUUGUCUGUAGAACAAUAAUUUGAGCACAACAUUGACCACGGACUGUUUUUAUACCGGACUACACAUCACCUCAGGCAAAGUAAUCACUGAAGAGCAGCCUGAAAUAGCUCUUUAUCAAGUGUACAUAUUAUAACCUAUGUAUAUAUUUCUUUAUUUAAAAUAACACAAUAGAAAAAAACAACCAAAAAGAAAUGACCAGAUAGUGUUUUAUUUAGUUUGGAUGCUCUUCGUGGAGUGCAACAAGUAGAUGUCUUGUUUUUAUUUUGUAAUAUUUUGUGUCUGUACACUGAACUCUUUGGGACCCGACGGCCCCAACAGCCAGUUACAGCCACACCUUCUAGCCCUGAAAACAAACUAUUUAGGUCAUUUAAUCACAACGUUCACAUUUGUGGCUUCUCUAAAGCUAACACACUCAUCUUCACACUCCUCAGUUUGUUUAUAUUGCAAAAUAUAUAUUGUUGCAAGACGGGUGAAUAAUAUUUUCAGCAUUUGAGAAAGAAGGGUUAUUUGUAGUUCUCUUUACUUUACUUUUUUCCCCUUCACAGUCUAGUUUUGAUGUUUUCUGUGUUUGAGUGGAAGCGUUGACAACAGCCAAGUAAAAAAGUUACAGACGCCUUUGAAAUUAAAUAAAAUCCUGAAGAAAUUUCAUCAUUUCUAUUGUUAGUUAUGUUUCUAUUUAACGUUCAGUGCACUGAUUUGUUUGUGGUUAUUCUUUAUGCAGUUCCGUUUCUCUAAUGUGAAACAGUGGUUUGGUUGAAUGUGACUGUAUGCGAAUAAAAAAAAGUAUUUCUGUAGCUAUGUUAGUUCGAAUGAGGAAAGAACAGAUUUUUGUUCAUGGUAAAUAUGGUUCAUGGUAUGAAGUUACUCUCCCCAAUAAGGAAAAGACAGAAAUCUGUAUAAUGAAUGAAUUAUUUCAUGUUUUGACUGAAUCUUGAAAUAAUCUGUUGGUUCCCAGAGACAUAUAAUCCCCCUCAGACAUGACGACCGACGACAAUAUCUGACUACUGAGGAGGGGGGAAUGACUGUGACUGCACAUAUGCAAAUUAGGUUUGUAGACAAUCAACAAUGAAUAUGCACUGUGCUCGCUGCUCAGUAAUGUGCAGGUAUCAUCCAGAAUUACCCUUCCUACUCCGUUUUGUUUUGCUGCUUUUAAGAACUACCACUGUUGAUUGGUUUGGAUGUUUGCAAUCUGUAAAAUGCCUUGGGAGUUGUGAAAUGUACAAUUAAUGCCAUUCAAACCAAUUCACCAACAAAUUGUUUUCAUUAUUUGUAGUUUUUUGAAAAGUAUACCAAAUAAAGAUUUGACUGUUAAAUG